UACAAACUUUACAAGCCGAAUUUACAAAGUUGCACAUUCUGUAAUUGAAUUGAAUAGUUUUUCAUAGAUAACAAAAAUUCCUAAAAUGGUUUAAACUUGAUAAUCUCUUCACUAGUAGUAAUACUGUUUAAUCAUCAUGGCUUCGUCAAAAGUCUUUUUCAAUAUUUUCCUAAAAACUAGUACUAAUACCGGCCAAUUUUUACCAUCAUGUGGCAUAAUUCCUAAAAGAAUUCACACAAAGACCACUCUUCGGGCACCCCCACUACCAACAGAGCUCGCUCCUCAGUCCUCUGAUGUCGAUGAAGCUGCUGAGGCGAAUGGCGAAGGGACUGACACCAUCAGUAAAGCGAUGCACUCUUAUAUCCAAAGGGCGAAGGAACAUCAGGAGUUCAUGGAUAAGGAAGAAAAAGAGUUUGUCUUUGGAAGAAGACAUUUAGCAAAUAUGAUGGGCAAAGACCCAGAGACGUUUUCGCAAGCAGAUAUAAAUGAAGCAAUUCGAUAUCUCUUUCCGUCUGGAUUGUUUGAACCAACAGCACGACCAAUGAUGCGACCCCCACAAGAAAUUUAUCCUAAACAAAAAGCUGCUCAGUUUGACAUGUCGGGUCGACCCCAUCACCCAUUUUUCUACACAGCCAAUCCAAAUUUCUUCUAUUUAAUGCAUGAAAUGGUCAGCAAAAUUAAUAAAAUGAAUGCCAGUGCUGGAGGACUUUUAGUAUCUGACAACAAUACUAAUGUAGCCUUUGCGGGGUCAGUUUGGUUACCCAAGCACGAGUUGGAACAAAGAUUAAUGGAAACAUUGUCUGAUAAGCAGUACACAGAAUGGAUUUCUUGUUUGGAAAGGAUAGCACAACAUCCUGAAUUUGAAAAGGAACUGGCCUUUCUAAAAGGAUAUCGAAAAGAAUUAACCAAACAAACAAAGGUCGACGAAUUACCAUCUGUGACCUUAGAACCUGAUGGAAGAAAAAGUUGUUUUAUUCCAGUGUGCAUGAAGAAAUCUGCUCGAGGCGAAGUGAAGGUGACCCUUCCAGGGACGGGUCGCUUUAACAUCAACAACGGCCAAGGGCUAGAAUACUUUACAAUGACCCAGUCGAGGGAAGUGGUCCUCACCCCUCUCCAGCUAGCCGGCUGGUUGGGAAAGGUCGACGUGGACGCUUACGUUCAAGGGGGCACGGAAUUCGCAGAGCAUCAAUCAUAUGGUGGAGAAGCGUCUCGAGCAGCUUGUCUACGGUGGGGAAUUUCGACAGCGAUUGCAGCCUUAGGUGCGGACGCAGAGAGGUUGAGAUUGGCCGGUUUGUUGGUUCGAGACCAUAGACAACGCGAGAGGCAAAAGUGUGGUCAUGAUGGUGCAAGAGCGAAAUGGACGUGGAAGAAACGAUAAAAUUUUUGAACUGCAACAUUUUAGUCACAUAUAUCUAGUUAAGUAUUAUUGUUUUGUUAUACAUAUAUAUUCAUAGUUUGUUGUUUGUUAACCUUCAGUCGAGUUGCAAAAUAAAACGGCGUGCUCAAGAUUAAAUUAAAUAA